AUGGAGCUGCGGAAAUGGACCUCCAAUCAGCUUGAAGUAUUGCAUGGAUUAAGUAGCGAACAAAUUGGAACACAGUCUACCUUACGCUUCAGCUCAAAUGAGACCAUUAAAGCACUCGGAAUCGCGUGGGAACCUGAAGCGAAUUGUUUGCGUUUUGAUUCGCAGAUUUGUAGCAGAGAAGGACCGCACACCAAGAGAACUGUUCUGUCCGACAUUGCCAAAUUAUUCGAUCCACUCGGGCUUAUUGCCUCAGUAAUCGUUCGUGCAAAAAUCCUGAUGCAGGAAUUGUGGUCGCUGUCCUGCGAUUGGGAUGAUCUUGUACCAGAUCCCAUCAAUUCGAAAUGGGAAAAAUACCAUCGAGAGCUCGUCAAGAUUUCUGAACACCGAGUAGACAGGUAUGCUUUUCUUCCUGAUGCCGUUAUCCAGCUACACACAUUUGCAGAUGCCUCCCAGUCCGCUUACGGUGCCUGUACUUACGCUCGAUGCGAGCACGCUAAAGGUAGCGUACGAAUCCAGCUAUUGGCGUCAAAAUCGCGUGCAUCUGCAUCAUAUUUUUGGUCCGACUCUGCAGUCACUCUGCAUUGGCUGAAGUCACCGCCGAAUGUAUGGCCAACCUUCGUCGCUAACCGAGUAUCCGACAUACAGCAUAAUACAAACGGUUGCCAAUGGAGGCAUAUUCCUGGAGCAGAAAACCCCGCUGAUCUUGUUUCUCGUGGUUUGUCGGUGGAAAACUUUCUGGCAAGCAACUUAUGGAGCAACGGUCCCGUUUGGCUAGCGCAAUCACAACAACAUUGGCCAUCUUCUACACCACCAAGUGUCCCAGAGGAGGAGUUUAAAAGGCGAACGACAGUUGCAGCCAUCCAAGCAUCCGUUUCAGUUAAUCCGUGGUUUCUGCGUUGGUCCUCCUACAAGACUCUACUGCACGUUGUAGCAUACUGCCUGCACUUCCUGAAUAACACCCGUUCUAAAGCGCGAACACAAUCAUCAGCACCAGCUCAGCCUGCUAGUAGUACAUUAACCGUCACGGAUUUAAAUACAGCUAAAACAUUGCUUCUACGGUUGGUCCAGGAAGAUGCAUAUGCGGAAGAGAUUAGGCAGUUACAGAAAGGUAACACGGUGAGCAGACAACCUUCAAUUCGUCGAAUGAACUCCUUUUUAGACCCUGAGAGAGUGUUGAGAGUAGGAGGUCAUCUUAACCUAUCCCAGUUGCCAUAUCAAGCAAAACACCCAGCUUUAAUUCCUGCCAAUCAUUCAUUCUCCCGCCUGAUAACCGAACAUUACCGCCGCAAAUUGCUUCAUGGCGGCGGGCGCCUGCUUUUGAGUACGAUUCGAGAAGAAUUUUGGCCGCCGAGAAGUCGAAAACUAGUUCAGAGCAUCGUUAGAAAUUGUUUCCGCUGCACGCGUCUCAACCCGAUACCUGCUCAGCAACAAAUCGGCGAGCUUCCAGUGCAGAGAAUCAUCCCAAGUCGUCCAUUCAGCAUCACAGGUGUGGACUACGCUGGUCCACUUUAUCUUCGCCCAAUCCAUAAACGUGCCGCAUCUGCGAAGGCUUACCUGUGCGUGUUUGUGUGCCUUUCCACUAAGGCGGUGCAUCUAGAAUUGGUGCGAUUUGUCCACUCCAGCCUUUUUAUGUGCCCUGCGAAGGUUCAUCGCUCGCCUUGGUCGACCUACGCAUAUCCAUUCUGA